AUGGACUCGGCCCAGUAUGUCAAGGACGCCCUCCACGACAAGGUCUUUGGGCGACCCAGACCACACCCUCAGUGGGACGGCGUCGUCGGCGACAAGAUGAUUGUCAUGGUCCACCUGCCCUCCGAGGAUGUCUCCUGGGUCGCAAGGGAGCUCCCAGACUGGCAGAGAGCCAUCUACCCCGUCCCACCAAACACAGUCGCCACGACCGUCCCGCCGCCCGCGGACAAGCCUCCGACGGAGCUGCGGCUGCCCGCCAACAAAGGCCACGAGGCCAUGGCCUACAUCACCUUCCUCAUCGACUUCUACCACCACCUGCCCUCUAUCGUCCUCUUCCUCCACGCCCACGAGGACGGCUACCAUCGGGCCUGGCACGUCGAUGCCCGCCUUCACUCCAACGUCGUGGCCACCCGCGAGCUGCGCCUCGACACGGUCAAGAAGCGCGGCUACGUCAACAUGCGCUGCAACCCGCGCUCCAACUGCCUCCACACCCCGCGGCCCGACAACUUCCACCUCACGCCCAACACCGAGGAGGUCUGGCGCGAGUUCUGGGCCAACACCUCGACCCCGGUGCCCAAGAUCAACGAGCUCAUGCUCCAGCGCGACAACAUUGACGAGGCCGACCCUUAUGGCGUGCCCGACCUCUCGACCCACCCGUUCCCGCCCAUUGCCGACCCGUCCGGCGGGCAGUUCGCCGUCACCCGCGAGGCGAUCCUCUCCAGGCCCCGCGAGGACUACAUUGCCCUGCGGGAGUGGCUGUUCGCGACGGACCUGCACGACGAGGCGAGCGGGCGCGUGUUCGAGUUCAACUGGCACAUCCUGUUUGGCAUGCCCGGCGUGCUGUGCUACGAGCGUAGCCAGUGCGAAUGUGACGUCUUUGGGCGGUGCCACAAGUAG